UCCCAGCUGUCAUUGGGCGGAAGGCAGGAUACACCCUGGACAGUUGGUGUUGUGAGCUGCUGUUCCUGCUUGUUUCUGGACAGAUGGAAGGUCACCCUUGGCUGAUGGGGCUGAUUUGAAUGGACACUAUUAUCGUCAUUAUCCAGGAGUCCGGUGUGUGGGCUGAAGACUCGGAGUGGCGGCUCUCUCUCUCUCUCGCUGAAGCCACUUCACCCUCAAUGGGAUAAUUGUGUUAAAAGCAUCAUCCCAGAUCUGAUUCACACAACACAAAGGCACCAGAACUUUCCAUCCAAGUCUGGAGACGGCAGCUAUCUCUGGAGAUCUCUCAGGAAGAUGUUUCCACAAUCAGGGAAAUCCAUCGUCUUUGACAGCUUUCCGGAUCCAUCCGACACCUGGGAGAUCAUCGAGACCAUCGGAAAAGGGACUUACGGCAAAGUCUACAAAGUGCUAAAUAAGGUCAAUGGCAGCAAAGCAGCCGUCAAAAUAUUGGAUCCAAUUCAUGAUAUCGACGAGGAGAUUGAAGCAGAGUACAACAUCCUGAAAGCGCUGUCAGACCAUCCCAAUGUGGUGAAGUUCUAUGGCAUGUAUUAUAAGAAGGAUCUGAAAAAUGGAGACCAGCUGUGGCUGGUGUUGGAGCUGUGUAACGGAGGCUCGGUGACAGAUCUGGCGAAGGGCAUGCUGAAGAGAGGAGACCGUAUGGAUGAACCCAUAAUCGCAUACAUCUUACAUGAGGCCCUCAUGGGUCUGAGGCACUUACACGAGAACAAGACCAUCCAUCGCGACGUCAAAGGGAACAACAUCCUGCUCACCACUCAAGGAGGGAUUAAGCUGGUUGACUUUGGAGUGUCCGCCCAGCUGACCAAUACCCGUCUGCGGAGGAAUACGUCGGUUGGCACACCCUUCUGGAUGGCUCCUGAGGUCAUAGCGUGUGAGCAGCAGCUGGACUCCACCUACGACGCCCGCUGUGACGUCUGGUCUCUUGGGAUCACCGCCAUUGAACUGGGAGAUGGAGACCCGCCCCUGGCAGACCUCCAUCCAAUGAGAGCUCUGUUUAAAAUCCCAAGAAACCCUCCUCCGACUCUGCACCAGCCAGAGAUCUGGUCUGAUCAGUUUAACGAUUUCAUUUGCAAGUGUCUGAUCAAGGACUUUGAGCUGCGGCCGAACGUGCAGGAUCUCCUCCAGCAUGCCUUCAUCAAACAGAUCGCAGGCCGAGAGAAGACUCUGCAGAAACAGCUGAUGGAGCUCAUCGACCUCAACCAGCAGAUGGGAGUCAUUGAGAAAACCAGGCAUGAGAGGAUCCACACUAAAAAAGGCAGCAACAUGAAGUCUCACAGCCAGGGACUGGACGAUGUGGAUGACCUGGCGACCCUUGAAGUGCUUGAUGAAAAUACGAUCACAGAGCAGCUACAGAAACGCUACACGAAGGACCAGAUCUACACGUACGUGGGGGACAUCCUGAUUGCAGUAAAUCCUUUCCACAAGAUGGAUCUGUACACUCAGCAGUACUCAAAGAUGUACAUUGGGGCCAAGCGCACUGCAAACCCUCCUCACAUAUUUGCAGUUGCUGACAUUGCAUACCAGGCCAUGGUGUCCUACAACGCUGACCAGUGCAUCGUGAUCAGUGGAGAAAGUGGUGCAGGGAAGACAGAGAGCGCCCACCUGCUGGUCCAGCAGCUCACGGUGCUCGGCAAGGCGAACAACCGAACCCUCCAAGAGAAGAUCCUACUAGUAAACAGCCUUGUGGAGGCCUUCGGGAACGCCUGCACGGUCAUCAACGAUAACUCCAGCCGCUUCGGGAAGUACCUCGAAAUGAAGUUCACGUGUGGGGGGACAGUGGUGGGCGCUCAGAUCUCAGAAUACCUCCUGGAGAAGUCGCGCGUCAUUCACCAAGCUGUCGGAGAGCGUAAUUUUCAUAUUUUCUACUACAUCUACGCCGGUCUGGCGGAGAGAAAGAAGCUCGCCCACUACAAGCUAUCUGACAGUAAAACUCCAAAGUACUUGCAGAAUGAACACAUCAAACUCGUGCCUGACAUUGUGGGCAGUGCCUUCUACAAGGAGCAGUUUGAGGCAGUGGAACAGUGUUUUAAAGUGAUUGGCUUCACUCUUGAGGAACUGGGGAGUGUGUACAGCAUUCUUGCUGCGAUCCUAAACGCUGGCGACAUCGAGUUCACCUCAGUGGCUUCUGAGCAUCAAACUGACAAGAGCAACAUCAUUAACAUGGCUGUGUUGGAGAGUGCCGCCUCGUUGCUGUGCAUCCGUCCGGAUGAGCUGCAGGAGGCGCUGACCUCUCACUGUGUGGUGACCAGGGGUGAGACCAUUGUCCGAUCAAACACAGUGGAGAAAGCCACGGAGGUGCGGGACGCCAUGGGAAAAGCUCUGUAUGGACGCCUCUUCAGCUGGAUAGUAAACCGCAUCAACUCUUUGCUGAGACCUGACAACCAGUCUGGAGAGGAAGACAAGGAUCUGAACAUCGGCAUCCUGGACAUCUUUGGCUUCGAGAACUUCAAGCGCAACUCUUUUGAGCAGCUCUGCAUUAACAUCGCCAACGAGCAGAUUCAGUUCUACUUCAAUCAGCACAUAUUCGCCUGGGAGCAGGACGAGUACCUGAAUGAGGAUGUGGACGCGCGGGUGAUUGAGUAUGAGGACAACCGGCCCCUGCUGGACGUUUUCCUGCAGAAGCCUAUGGGCAUGCUGGCACUGCUGGACGAAGAGAGCAGGUUCCCUCAGGCCACUGACCAGACGCUCGUCGAAAAAUUUGAGGACAACUUGAAGUCUAAAAACUUCUGGAGACCAAAGAGGGUUGAUCUGGGCUUUGGAAUUCAUCAUUACGCUGGGAAGGUGAUCUACAAUGCUGCUGGGUUCCUGGCUAAGAACAGAGACGCUCUGCCUGCUGACAUCGUCCUGCUGCUGAGGUCCUCAGAGAAUGACCUGAUCCGCAAACUAGUCACCCAUCCGCUCACUAAAACAGGUAAUCUGGCGCACACCAAGGGCAAGACGUCGGGAACAGCCCGACUGGGCACACGCACUCCUCAGCGCACCAUAAACUUCGCCAAGAUGGGAGUUCUGAUGUUAUUCAGUUCCCUCUCAAUCAGUGAGCCUCGCUCUCGGAAAUUAACACUCACCCCCGAAAAAAAAAAUACGCUUGCCUUGCCCGUUGAGCACACCGUACAUUUCCAAACGGGGGACAGCGGCGGGGAGAGCACGCACCACCCUCGAGAGACCACCAACAUGAGGACUCAAACCGUGGCCUCCUACUUCAGAUAUUCAUUGAUGGACCUGCUUUCAAAGAUGGUGGCGGGACAGCCUCACUUCGUCCGCUGUAUCAAACCCAACAAUGACCGCCAGGCCCAUAAGUUUGACAGGGAGAAGGUUCUGAUCCAGCUCCGCUACACUGGCAUUCUGGAGACAGCCAAGAUCCGCAGACAGGGCUACUCUCACCGGAUCCUCUUCACCAACUUCAUCAAGAGGUACUUUAUUCUAGCUUUCAGAGCGAACGAGGAGCCGGCUGUGAGCCCGGAGACAUGUGCGGCUAUUCUGGAGAAGGCUAGGCUGGAGAACUGGGUUCUGGGGAAGACCAAGGUCUUUCUGAAGUACUAUCACGUGGAGCACUUGAACCUGAUGAUCAGGCGGAACACAGACCGGAUCAUCCUGGUUCAGGCAUACGUUCGGGGAUGGUUGGGGGUCAGACGCUACCGCAAGAUUUUGGAGAAAAGAGAGCAGAGUGCUGUAGUCCUGCAGUCAGCAUAUAGAGGGCACAAAGUAAGAAGACAAGUGGCUGAUGACAAAAGCAAAGCCAAGCUGGAGAACCUUAUCAUUAAGCUUCAGGCUGUGUGUCGAGGGUAUCUGGCGAGGAAGACUCAUAAGGAAUUAGUCGAUGAGAAGAACAAAGCUGCUGCCAAGAUCCAGGCACACUAUAGGGGGCACAGAGAGAGGAAAAGUUUCGAAAAGAAAAAAGAGGCCAUGCAAAAAGAAAAAGCACAGAAGCAGGAGGUCUCACCAAAGGAAGACAGGCCUCCUUCAGAAUCAAACCAGGAAGGUGAAGGAGCAGAGCCAGAUGAUGCGGAUGAAAAGGCUGCCGUGGUCCUCCAGAGCAACUACAGAGGCUAUCGGGAGAGGAAGAAGUUUAAAGAGCAACGAGAGCGGAACAAGACUCUGUCUGGAGAUGAGCUUGCUGUCCCUUCAAGUCCUGGAGAAGACUCUGGAUCUGAGACUGAAGAGCAGCUGGAUGUUGUGGCUGAGGAGGAAGAGGCAGAAGAAGCAAACAAGAAGGCAGGAGAGGAGGAUGUUGACACUGAGCAGGAGGCCAAAGCAGCCACGGUUAUCCAGAGCAACUUCAGAGGUCACAAAGAACGCAAGAGGCUCCAGGAGGAAGGGAAGCUCCCGGCCAGAGGGACGAAGGCCAAGAAUACCCAAGCGGAGGAAAAGGAGUCUGUUGCAGAGUCCUCACCGGGACAGGAGGAAACAGGAGACGAUAAAAACACUGCACAGCCCACAGGAGGAGAGGAAGAGGAGGCCAAAGCAGCUGUGGUCAUCCAGAGUAACUUCCGUGGCCACAAGGAGCGCAAGAGACUCCAGGAGGAAGGGAAGAUUCCGAAGAAGAACAAGAAGGGAGAGGAAGUGGUGGAGCCACCACUUGUAGGCCAGGAUGCUUUAGCUGGAACCCUAGAAGAAAUACGAGAAGAGCCCAGCACAGGCCAGGAAGAUCAAGACGAGGAAAGAGCAGCCACUGUCCUGCAGAGCAACUACCGAGGCCACAGAGAGAGGAAAAGACUCAAAGAACAGAGAGAAGGAGCGAAAGGUGCUCCAGGACCCCCAGAUGAGGAGCUGCAAGAAGAGGAGAUGGGGAGGGACGAGGAAAUGGGUGUCCAACUGGAACGAGAGAAGGACGCUGUGACAGAAGAGGGACAGUACGAUGAAGAGCGAGCGGCAGUGAAGAUCCAGAGUAACUUCAGAGGGUAUAAGGACAGGAAGAACCUUAAGGCCACAGCACAGAGAGAAGAAGAAGAAGUAGAAAGGUUCUCCAAACAGAUAAGCGGUGUCUCUCAGGACUACCUGUCUCUGCAGCAGAAGCUGAAUGAGAUCAUACUGGCCCAUCAGAUCAACCCUGCCAGCAAUGGCAUGUUUAUGAAGGGACAGACCCUCAAUGGCUAUGCCGGGACCCAUCAGCAGCAAUCAGUUGAUCCAAAGCAGACGCGGACGCCCCGCCGAACCCAGAAACCAAAGACGCUCAACACGCCUGAGGACUCCACUUACUACAACCUCAUCCACCGGUCCGUCCAGGACGACAAGAAGAGGCCCCGGAAGCAGAGCCCUAAGAAACUGUUGGACAUUGAUGACCAAUACUAUCAGGGUUUGAGCAGUAGUAAGUCCACAAGCUGCCUGCCCAGCGAGACCCAGACGUCCAGUGAGUUAAAUGCCCCAGCAGAAAGGAGACAGUCCACUGAGAGGCCUCUGUCUGACGUUCCAAAAUCUGACACCCCGAAAGCCCCGAAAGAGAACAGGCGCUCUUUUCCCAGAAUGCCCUCUACGGAGAGUCAAAGUGAGGACAAUCCUUACGACUACAGGAAACUUCUGAGGAAGACCUCCCAAAGAAGAAGGCUUAUCAAACAGUACUAG